AUGGAGAGGUUUUCGCAAAGAGAGAGCAUUCUUUUAGGGUACAGUCCUCAAAAUUCCUUCAUCAACUCUGGUUCUUCACCCAGAAGUUCCCACACAAACUCGGAUAUUGAUUUUCAUGAUGUGUUUGGUGGCCCGCCGAGGCGAUCAUCCUCCAUUCAAGAAACGAGGUACAGCUUCAACGAUCUUACAGGUACCAGUACACCCAAAGGAGAUGAUGAUGAUGAUGAUAAUGAACGUUGGUCUGAGAAGCCGGUUUUUGGGGAAGAGUCACAUAACAGGAGGCAAACUCACAGUGAUGACUUCUUUGAUGACAUAUUUAAAGUCAGCAAUUCAGUGAGUUCUAGUCCAAGGAGGCCUCAACGUGAUCCUUAUUCCUCUUCUCCAGGUUCUCGGAUUUUAAGUCCGGCACGGCCCUUGCCGCCUAAACCUGAAUUUUCUCUGGGAUCUUCACUGUCUGCACAAUUCAGCCUGCCUGCCAAAUUGACUAAAGGGGCGGACUCUCCUCCAACAAUUGGUGCCAUUACUCGCACCACUUCUCUUUCUAGAUUUUCAAGCCAAACAUUCCAAAGUCCUGAAAACUUGAAAAGUGACGUUCGGUCAUCACUUCGCAUGAGCCAUUUAUCUCAGGACUUUUCUGCUACCGGUGAGGGGUCCUCUAACUUGUCCAAGACUGACAAAGAUGAUACAGGAGGCACUUCGGAACAGGAUUCUAAGAGUUCUGGAAGUCCAACUAGUAGCAAUCAGUUUCAUUUCUCUAUAUACAGGUGGGCUAGCAAGCCAAUGGUGAUGCCUCUUAGGGGAAGGAGUGGUUCAAGAGUGCAAGCCACUAGAAAUGAGGAACAAACAAGCACUUGUGAAGAUGCUGGUAACAAGAUUUUGGCAAGGAAAUCACCUAUAUCCCCUCUGCCCAGUAUUGAUUUGACCUCCAAUGAUCACCUGCUUCCAGAUUCUACAUCGUCCAAGUUGGAAAGCAACAAACAAGAAAAUGAUUUGCUACUUGAUGAAAGCACUCCCAACAAAAUAGAAGCACGGCCAGGUCGAUUCACUGAGGACACAAUUAUUCCUGUAGUUGAAUCUUUAGAAACUUCCAGCAGCCUAUGUAGUAAUGUUGCAGAUGUAGCUGGUGCUACUGUUUCAUACCAGUGGCCAAAAAAAGAUACGAACUCAUGCCAGUGGCCAAAACAAAACAGCAUUUCAUGCCAGACUAGUGAAAAUAUAGAGCCUCGUCCUUUGCUUCAAACAGCUGGUGAAGGUCCACAGAAAAAAGUCCAUGUGCUUAUGGAACAACUGCACAAGCCUGAGAUAAGACCUACUCAUUCUCUGUUUUUUGAUAAUGAUCUUGGAAAAGGAACCGACGAGAUAACUACAUUGGCCGGUAACAAGGAAGUUCCAAUCAAAGCCACCAAAAAAUUAUCUGUAGAUGUUGAUUCCAGCAGAAAUGAGAAAAAUCAGAAUGGAAAAAGAAGUUCCUUGACUAAUGUUCAAGUUGAUAAAUCUGGUGUCCAAGGUUCACUUCGAAAAUUGGGAGACAAUCUUGGGAGAAACCAAGUCAAGGGAACAGUUAAGGAUUUUGUUAAAAUGUUUAACCAAGAAGCUUCUUCAAAACCCAAAGAUGAUGGUGACUUAGGAAGUCAGCGCUUUAAAAGGAAGGAAAAAAGUCCAAGUGAACCAGGGAGUGAAGCAACUAUAAUCACACCUAUAAUGCAUGAGGAAUUGCAAACUUCCUAUGUGAAGAAAACAUCGCCAGAUGCUUCUUCCGCAAAGAUAAUAGAAGAUCUCAAACGGUCAGAGAAGGACGCUUUUGAAGCUAAGAAGUCUAGCUUUAUCGUUAAUAAUGUUCCUGAGCAGUAUGUUUCAGCUGCCAGUACUGGAUCAGUUGCCAACUGCUCUAAGGCUAAUAUUGGAGAUGCGGAUGAGUCCAUCCAUGAAAACUUCCAGAUCGAAGAAUUAAUUCAAGAUGAGAAGAAACCGCCAGUAGUAGGCAAUAAUCAUGAAGAGUUACAGGCUAUUGAUGCUAAAAUACGACAGUGGUCAAAAGGAAAGGAAGGAAACAUACGCUCACUGCUUACUACUAUGCAACAUAUUGUUUGGCCUGAGAGCGGGUGGAAGACUGUACCUCUAGUCGAGAUAAUAGAAGGAAAUGCUGUGAAAAGAUCAUAUCAAAGGGCUCUCCUCUGUUUACACCCUGAUAAACUACAACAGAAAGGAGCUACAUCACAACAGAAAUACAUUGCAGAAAAAGUUUUUGAUAUCUUGCAGGAAGCAUGGAAUCACUUCAACUCACUUGGUCCACUAUGACAAUUUGAUGUUGUACUCCUAUGACAGAGCUCAGAAUUGAAGUGCAUCCACAUUUCUGUAGAUAUCAUUUUGAUUGCAGAAACAUACAACUUUUUUGUUUUUACUGAGAGAAGAAAAUUUGCCUAAUUGGGCCAAUCAGUUGGGCCUCCCCUUAAGUACGUGAGUCAGUGACCCGUAUAUAAGCAGGCCCAUCCGUUACUGUUUACAAUUAUUACUGCGAUGUGUGCGGGUCCCACAACUUUGGAUUCUUUCUUCUCCAGGAUCUCAGCUUUAAGCACUUGUCGUUUAUAGAAGGAGAAUUUCGUCACGUCUGAAACGGCGCAGUAACUCUUAGGAAAUUACUUUAACGAAUUGAUUGUUUCGUGCAAGGUUUUCACUGCUACUAGUUUAACAGCCAGAAUUUUACCACAACCCAAAUGUGUUCGAUUAGACCAUAAUCUAAAAUGUGUGAUACUUCUGUGUCUUUCACUGAAUUACAUUAGACUGAUAUGAGGUAUUUUUUUAAUGAGUGCGGCUAUUGAGACCUCCAAAUUUGCUCACUUGACCUCCUUUUGUUAUAAGUUAUUGAAUGACAAUUAUCUCCUCUUACGUAAUGACUAUUAAGGACAAUAAUCAUAUAAAAA